AGCUUUUUGAAAAUACAUAUUGAUUGUGUUAAGGUCAUACAGAUUACAGAGCCAAACAAGGCUUGAAGCAUCAUGAAAUUACAGAUGUACCCCAACCAUGUAAAAACCAGAAUUCCAAAACUCGACAGAAGCCUCGUUUGCUUCAUGGUUAGCAUUACGGAAUUUUAAAGGAUCAUUCUCCCCUUGAAGGAAUCUACCAAACACCAAACACCAAACACUCCCUCUUUUCCAUCCUUGUUUCUCAAUUCCCAGGUCGUAUUUUCCUUGUGCUCCAAUUUUUGAGAAAGUCCAAGAAGAUCAUGUCGAACCUCACAACCGACGCUGUGACUUCAGUUUCAUUUUCGGAUUUCCCUGAAGAUGUCCAGCUCUGUAUCCUCUCCUUCUUGACUCCCUCCGAGAUCGCCACCUUCGCUUGCACAUCAAAACGCUUCCUUUCACUCUGUACCUGCGACAGCAAGCUCUGGUUCACUCUUUGCGACAGGAGAUGGGGGUCCAAGACCCAGAUCAAGAAAUGGGGAUCCGGUAAAAUCACCUACAGACUCCUCUACAGGACCCUGAUCGAGUGGGAAAAUCUGAUUGGUUUCUGGCGUCGAAGCGGUCAGGUAACCCUCGGCGUCGCAUCUCCACCCUUGAUUUUCUUUGAAUGGUGUCCAUCGUUUAUUAUUGGGUCUAGGGUUUCUCCUUCUAGACUUGGUACUUAUCACGUGAUAAAGGCUCCAUUCUUAUGUAUGAGUAUCACCCCAGAGGGCGAGACUAUGAAUUUUCUCGACCCCGAUGGGAAAAUCGAAUCGUCGGAAGAUUUCGUGAACGCGGUGCAAGCAGGGUUUCUAGAGAACGAUUUGAUUCCAGUUCAUGUCAGUUUCAUGGGGAAAAACCAUGUUGUUGUAGAGGAAAACUUGAGCUUUACUUCUUUGAAUUCUCAAGAACCAAAAAAUACUGGGUUUCGGAGGAGUUCGAGUUCCGGUAACGUGAGAGCAGAGGAUAUUGGGGUUGUGGAGGACAUGAUUGGCGCGGAGAGCGGGUCGCCAGGGAGUUUGCCGGACAGAUUCAUGUCGGAAAUUUAUCAAUACUUUGCGAACAGAACGAGCCCGGGUGGGGAGAGGGCGUCGAGGAGGCAGAGGAAGAGAGAGAAGGCAAGGCAGGGUAGGAGGAAGUGGAUGCCUGAGCAUUUUGUUAAAAUUGUUAACUGUUCCCCCACACCAUCAAGGCCUUUACAGGGACUAUGGAAGUAUGGUUGUUGGAAGAUGAUGGAUGCAUGUGGACUCCUCAUUACAGCUCAUAUGACACGCCCUCCUACUUCCCACUGCAGGGUAUAUCUGAUGAUAAGAACUUGUACUUUUUUCUUGUGGCAUAUGAUGACAUUGGAGGCAUUGCCUGUCGAACAAUUGGGGACUCAUCUAAACCUUUGUCUGGUUACUCCCCUGUAUUUUGGACUUCAAAAACUACAUUUUUAGAGGCUCCAUUUUCUCCUGAAGAAGAAUAUUUAUAUGAUAGUCGCAUACAUCUUCGGCCACUUGCAACAGCAGAUCACAUUCAUGAGCAUCAUCCCUUGACAGAAAAUGAAGUGGUUUCACACAUACUUUGCAUAAAUUCAAGUUAUGAUCUGGUAAUUCCAGACUUGGCUGGAACUUCUGCAAAUCCACGGGAUGUGGAAGGAAGGAUUUGGCUGUAUGAGAGUGGGACAUUUGGGUUUGGGUUUCUCAGGAACCAUUUCAUUGUAGACCUGAAACAUAUUGCACAACAUGGCUGUCUUCUUGAGGCAAUGGAACUUUGUAGUGAUUUGUGCUAGUUUAAGGCCAUCUGUAUACAAAACAGUCAUGUAGCUGGAUGCCAUUUGUGUACUUUGGCACUUUGUAACAAUAAUGAUAUCAAUUCUUUUGAUAGCAUCCCGUCA